GCUUGCAGGGCUGCAGCUUUUUAAAUACAGAAACAGACGUGCACGUAAAUAAAGACGACAAAGUGACCCUGCCUCGGUCCGUACACACUUGCAGGGCUGCAGGUUUUGCACAUAGCGUGCUAGCUAGCUAGGUAGAUUGCUAACUUAGCUAGCUGUACGACCUAGCUAGCAUCCAAUAUCUGUUUUCCCCCAAAAGUCGUCGACAUGUCGGCAUUUUCAGAGGCAGCGUUGGAGAAGAAACUAUCGGAGCUUAGCAACUCCCAACAAAGUGUUCAGACACUGUCACUUUGGCUUAUCCAUCAUAGAAAACACUCGAAGACCAUCGUCAACGUUUGGUUCAACGAAUUGAAAAAAGGUAAUGUUAGCUAGCGCGAGUUAAAAUAUAUUAAUCAAUAUUAGCAUUUAUCUUCUAUUUAGCUAUGAAUGACUACACAGUCAUAUCAACUGUAGCUAGCUAACGUGUUAACGAAAACUUGCUACGGUUAGUUAGCAAGCUUUUUAGCUAGCUACUGUUAGCUGAACUAGCAAUGUUAGCAACUUAGCUUCUUACCUAGGUAGAUGGCUAACCUUUGCAAGUAAACAAACAUAAAAUGUCUUAAUUUGACCACAUCACAAUCUACUAACCAUGUCAUUAACUUUUCUCUAAUCUAAAUAACGUCAGUUUGUUAGCUACUGACGGUUGGAUACUUUACUAACUAGCUAACUUGUUUGUCAAUUGUGUAACUAACUUACAGUAGUUAGUUAGCUAAUUGAUUGCAAAUGCAGGCUUGCUAACAAGCUAGUUAACAAACUUAACAUUAGUUCUAGCUCACUGUCUCCCCCCCUCUAGGGUGCUUGGGGAUAGUCUGUUAACAAUCACCCUGCUACGGUAUUGCUUGUAUGGACAACUAGACUGACACGAGGCCCCAGUCAAGCCAGCCAGCUGCUAGCUAGGUACCUCACAAGUCCUUAGGCCUUAUAAAGUUGCAAUUUAGUUAGAAUGCCAAGUUAAUACAGUGCCUUCAGAAAGUAUUCAUACCCCUUGACUUAUUCCACGUUUUGUUGUGUUACGGCCUGAAUUCCAAAUAGAUUUAAGCAAAUUUAUAGAAAAUUGUAUUCAGAAAUAUCUUAUUUACAUAAGUAUUCAAAACCCCUUGUAGAAGAACCUUUGGCUGUGAUUACAGCUUUGAGUCGUCUUGGGUAGGUUGAUCAGCUUUGCACAUCUGGAUUCAAAGAUUUUCUCCCAUUCUUCCUUGCAGAUGUACUCAAACUUUGUUAAGUUAGAUGGGGAGCGGCGGUGAACGGCAAUCUUCGUGUUUCCACAGUUUUUCAAUGCGAUUUUAGUCUGGGCUUUGGCUGGGCCACUCAAGGACUUUCACGUUCUUGUUCUGAAGCCAUUGCAGCGUUGCUUUGGCUGUAUGCGUGGGGUCAUUGUCCUGUUGGAACGUAAAUCUUUGCCCCAGUAUGUUUGCACUCUGAAGCAGACUCUCAUCAAGGAUUUGCCUGCAUUUGGCUCCAUUUUAUUGUUCGCUCUAUCCUUACCAGUCCCUGCCGCUGAAAAGCAUUCCCAUAGCAUGAUGCUGCCAUCACCAUGCUUCACAGUAGGGAUGUUAGACAGGUGAUGAGCUUUGCCUGGUUUUCUCCAGACAUGGCCAAAGAGAAUCUUGUUUUCUCUGUCAUUAUGGGUUAUUUUGUCUGUUUGUAGAUGGGUGAGAAUACAAAUCCAUAUUGAAUUUGGGCUGUAACACAACAUUUGGAGUAAGUCAAGGGGAAUGAGUACUUUCUGAAUGCACUGUAUGUAUCUCAAUAAAGUUGGGUCAUUGGAGUGAUUGCUCUGAUAGUGUAUGAGAAUGCAGUAACUAUUAGCUAGCUACUAAUUUUAGUCCUAAAACCAGGUAGUCUUGUGACAGGUAGAGCCCCUCUCUUUGGGACCCCACUUCACUAUCAGACAUAUCCUAUUAUGUUCUACUUAACAUCAGGGUGAACAAGGGUCAGUAUUGCUGCCCAUAAAAAUGUACACAUGUAAGUAGCUUAUAGCUAGCCCAAGAUGUUCUGUUAAGGAGUAAUGGUAACGUUCGUCUCCUUAAGGUACUUAUGUUAUUUUCAGAGGUAGACUGGCUCUGGCAGCUAAAACAGCUGCCAGAGCCCUUCCCUUUUCCACAUUUUGUUACAUUACUGCCUUAUUCUAAAAUGUAUUUAAUUAAUUUUUUCCUCAUCAAUCUACACACAAUACCCCAUAAUGACAAAUCGAAAACGUACAUACCUUAUUAGUAUUCAGACCUUUUGCUAUGAGACUCGAAAUUGAGCUCCAGUGCAUUCUGUUUUCAUUGAUCAUCCUUGAGAUGUUGCUACGACUUGAUUGGAGUCCACCUGUGGUAAAUUCAAUUGAUUGGACAUGAUUUGGAAAGGCACACAUCUCUCUAUAUAAGGUCCCACAGUUGACAGGUAAUGUCAGAUCAAAAACCAUGAGGUCGAAAGAGUUGUCCGUAGAGCUCCGAGACAGGAUUGUGUCGAGGCACAGAUCUGGGGAAGGGUACCAAAACAUUUCUGCAGCAUUGAAUGUCUCCAAGAACACUCCAUCAUUCUUAAAUGGAAGAACCACCAAAACUCUUCCUAGAGCUGGCCGCCCGGCCAAACUGAGCAAUUGGGGGAGAAGGGCCUUGGUCAGGGAGGUGACCAAAAACCAGAUGGUCACUCUGACAGAGCUCCAGAGUUCCUCUGUGGAGAUGGGAGAACCUUCCAGAAUAACAACCAUCUCUGCAGCACUCCACCAAUCAGGCCUUUAUGGUAGUGGCCAGACGGAAGCCACUCCUCAGUAAAAGGCACACGACAGCCCGCUUGGAGUUUGCCAAAAGGCACCCAAAGGACUCUGACCAUGAGAAACAAGAUGCUCUGGUCUGAUGAAACCAAGAUUGAACUCUUUGGCCUGAAUGCCAAGCGUCACGUCUGGCGGAAACCUGGCACCAUCCCUACGGUGAAGCAUGGUGAUGGCAGCAUCAUGCUGUGGGGAUCUUUUUCAGGGACUGGGAGACUAGGCAGGAUCGAGGAAAAGCUGAACGGAGCAAAGUACAGAGAGAUCCUUGAUGAAAACCUGAUCCAGAGCACUCAGGACCUCAGACUGGGGUGUAGGUACACCUUCCAACAGGACUACGACCCCACACAGCCAAGACGACGCAGGAGUGGCUUCGGGACAAGUCUCUGUCCUCGAGUGGCCCAGCCAGAGCCUGGACUUGAACCCGAUCAGACAUCUCUGGAGAGACCUGAAAAUAGCUGUGCAGUGACACUCCCCAUCCAACCUGACAGAGCUUGAGAGGAUCUGCAGAGAAGAAUGGGAGAAACUCCACAAAUACUCCACAAAUACAGGUGUGCCAAGCUUGUAGCGUCAUACCCAAGAAGACUCAAGGCUAUAUUCACUGCCAAAGAUGCUUCAACAAAGCACUGAGUAAAGGUUCUGAAUACUUAUGUAAAUGUGAUAUUUCAGUUUAUUUUUUAUAAAUUUCUACACCUGUUUUUGAUUUGUCAUGAUGGGGUAUUGUGUGUAGAUUGAGGGGAAAAUAAACUAUUUAAUCAAUUUUAGAAUAAGGCUGUAACGUCACAAAAUGUGGGAAAGGUGAAUGGGUUUGAAUACUUUCUGAAUGCACUGUAAAUACGCCAUCUAAACUUGAAUCCCAGAAAUGUUCCUUAUCCACGAAAAGCUUAUUUCCCUAAUUUUGUUCACAAAUGUGUUUACAUCCUUGUUAGUGAGCAUUUCUCAUUUUCCAAGUUAAUCCAUCCACCUGACAGGGAUAUCAAGAUGCUGAUUAAAUGGUAUGAUCAUUACACAGGUGCACCUUGUGCUGGGACAAUAAAAGGCCACUAAAAUGUGCUGUUUUUUGUCGCACAACACAACGCGUGCACUUGGCAUGCUGACUGCAAGAAUUUUCACCAGCGCUGUUGCCAGAGAAUUGAAUGUUAAUUUCUCUACCAUAAGCUGCCUCCAACGUUGUUUUAGAGAAUUUGGCAGUACGUCCAACCGGCCUCACAACUGCAGACCACGUAUAACCACACCAGCCCAGGACCUCCACAUCCGGCUUCUUCACCUGCGGGAUCGUCUGAGACCAGCCACCCGGACGGCUAAUGGAACUGUGGGUUUGCACAACCGAAGGAUUUCUUUAUAAACUGCCAGGAACCAUCUCAGGGUAGCUCAUCUCAUUCUAAUGGAACCUUUUUUAUCGAAGGAUUUCUCACACUUCACUGCCACCAGGUCUCAAUGUGUGAAACAUAUUGUAAUGAGUGCCAUAUUUAUCUCUAGAAAGCUGUAGGGUGGCUGUUGAAUAAUAAUACUUUAAAAACAUUUUUUUUGCUGAUUUGAACUCAGGUACUUUUGGUGUGUGAACUUGUGUCAGAAACCGUCUCGGGGAAGCUCAUCUGCGUGCUCGUCGUCCUCACCAGGGUCUUGACCUGACUGCACUUUGGCGUCGUAACUGGCUUUAGUGGACAAAUGCUCACCUUCGAUAGAGAAGUGUGCUCUUCACGGCUGAAUCUUGGUUUCAACAGUACAUGGCAGAUUGUGUCUUGUGGGCGAGCGGUUUGAUGAUGUCAACAUUGUGAACAGAGUGCCCCAUGGUGGCGGUGGGGUUAUGGUAAUGGAAGGCAUAAGCUUACGAACAACAAUUGCAUUUUAUCGAUGGCAAUUUGAAUGCACCGAGAGAGAUGAGAUCCUGAGGCCCAUUGUUGUGCCAUUCAUCUGCUGCCAUCACCUCAUGUUUCAGCAUGAUAAUGCACAGCCCAAUGUCGCAAGGAUCUGUACACAAUUCCAGGAAGCUGAAAAUGUAAUGUCUUCCAUGGCCUGCAUACUCACCAGAGGUCACCCAUUUGAGCAUGUUUGGGAUGCUCUGGAUUGCCGCGUAUGACAGUGUUCCAGUUCCAGCCAAUAUCCAGCAAUUUCGCACAGCCACUGAAGAGUGGGACAACAUUCCACAGGCCACAAUCAACAGCCUGAUCAACUCUAUGCGAAGGAAAUGUGUUUCUCUGUGGUCCUCUGUAGCUCAGCUGGUAGAGCACAGCGCUUGUAACGCCAGGUUAGUGGGUUCGAUCCCCGGGACCACCCAUACACAAAAAUGUAUGCACGCAUGACUGUAAAUCGCUUUGGAUAAAAGGGUCUGCCAAGUGGCAUAUUAUUAUUUGCGCUGCACGAGGCAAAUGGUCACACCAGAUACUGACUGGUUUUCUGAUCCACACCCCUACUUUACAUAUUAUUAUUUUUUAAGGUGUCUGUGACCAACAGAUGCAUAUCUGUAUUCCCAGUCAUGUGAAAUCCAUAGAUUAGGGCCUAAUGAAUUUAUUGCAAUUGACUGAUUUUCCUUAUAUGAACUGUAACUCAGUAAAAUCUUUCAAAUUGUUGCGUUUAGAUUUUUGUUCAGUGUAAAUCCCUUUUUACUUUCAUCAAAAUAAUUGUACAAAUGCAAAAUAUGCGUCUUAAUGUUCAGACUGCGCAUCGGGGCUCUUAACAAAACUCACCCGUACAGAAGACUCCUUUGUCCAAUGACUUGUGUAAUGGAUUGGAAUGAAGUAGGUUAUAGCCUAUGUGCUUCUUAGGAAAUGUUUUCCAAAAACUUCUCUCUGCAUCACGUCACUGCACAUGAGUGAUGGGCUAUAUCUGUGAAAUAGGUUCACAGACCGACAAUAGCCCACCUAUUUGACUCAUCUAGGCAGCCUACAUUCCCUGCUUUGCCAAUGACUGUUCACAAGAAAAUCGUUACCUGGAAACACUAAUGGAACCUUUUUUUGUAUGGAAGGAUUUCUCACUACACUGCCACAAGGUCUCAAUGUGUGAAUACCUGUUGUAAUGACUGCAACAUUCAGCUGUAGAACGCUGUAGUGUGGCUAUUUCAUUAUUUUUGAUUUUGAGCUCAGAUAUUUUUGCUAUAUGAAAUUGAUGAUCAGAUGUUUCAUUUUAAUACUGAAUGCUUAAAAUGUGCCUGGGAAGAGGACAAUCUGCAUUGUGUAUGACAUUAGUCUACCAAUACCUGUAGCUGUCUCUUAUGUAGCCUACUGCCUAAAUACAAAUCUGAGCUUUUGUGCUAGUUUGAGCUAAGGAGUGGUAUUUGAUUCGGUCUGUUUUCCUUUGGGUAAAAGAGCACAAUGAUAUCCCAUUUGGGCCUCUAUUUUGGGAGCUGCUGACUCUCUUCUGUGGACUGGGAAUAGCAUCUGAUGUCUUAGCAUUGCCCUGCCUGUAGCCUACUCAUGGUUAGUUGUGCUCUCAUUUUGUAGGUUUCUUACUUCCUAUUUCUUUGUCAUCACUGUCCUUGGUGUUUUGAAUGAAUUCACUAACCACAAGUCACAAAUGGGGUUAUCUCUGACUUUCUAAUUUUGUGUCAGUCUGUGCCUAAAGCUUCAAUGCCGCAAAUUCACAGUCAGUGUUGGUAGAUGAAAGCUGUAAGCCAUAGCAAAGGCUACAAGUAGGUCCUCUUUCUAGUCACGAGCAUUAAUGCUUUAAAUAGAUAAGUGGUGUGCUUGCUUUGUGUAGUUUCACUCUGCUUUGACUGUUUCCCACAGUUGACUGUGAUCUAUGUCUGCAGCCAAGGUAUCCAGGAAGCUCACCUUCCUCUACCUCGCCAACGAUGUCAUCCAGAACAGCAAGAAGAAAGGACCCGAGUUCACCCAGGACUUUGCUCCUGUCAUCGUUGAUGCCUUCAAACAUGUGUCCAGGUGAGGGGUGAAAUGCAGUCAAACCUGGCUCCCGCUGUUUUCGCUAUUGUCGUGAUUGGAGCAUGAGCCUGCUGAUGGUAAUUAGUUGUGUGUGCAGGGAAGGAGAGGACGGAUGUAAGAAACAGCUGGGCCGGGUUCUGUCCAUCUGGCAGGAGAGAGCUGUGUAUGAGAACAACCUGCUGGACCAGCUCUCUCACGUCCUGCGUAAGUACCCUCCUAACCAACUUACACCUCGGGUGUGUAUCAAUAGUCUUAAGUGGCUUGCUUGUCCUGGUCUCCUCCAUCUACUCUGAUCUGAAAACAUAGUAUGCUUGAAAGGAGGUACGGGCAUUCACUAGUCAUUACUUCACAUAAGUGAGUGGCCGUGUCCGACUAGCGUACUACAAACUUAAACUGUAUACUAUGUACUCAUCGUUGCAUACUAUUUAGCACGUACCGUUUAGUAAAAAGUAUGCAGUAUGCAACUGCAGUAGGUGGGGCAAGGCCGAGUGGGGGUGGAUUUUUCCCAUUUCGACAGAUGUGCAUCGCAUUAACCAGCCUGAUAAUAGCUCAUUUCCAAUUUGAUUAAUUUCUCUAAACUCUGAAUAUGAAUGGAGUUAUAGACCUACUCAGGCUGGUUAUAGGCAGACCAUUACAUUCAACCUGUAUCAUAGUAGACCAUGUAGCCCAUCUAUCCUGUUUAAAAAGGACUGAAGACAGAAACAGAUCAUUUCAACAUUUAUUAGUGAAACCAAAGUGCUUUAACAUAUAUAAAUUAAAUAGCCUAGUACAUGCACCAAAACUAUUCAAAUGUUCAAUUCAAAAGGCAGAGAAAAAGUUAGGAACCGCUGGCUGGCAACAUAAUAAACUAAAGCACUGAUCAUUGGGAACGAGAUCAGAAUGACUGCUAAGGCUUGAUCCAUACAUUCAAUAAUGGGUAGCCUAGCCUACAAAAAUUGAACGAUCCAUAUGUUCAAAUCAAAAGGCCUGAUUUAACAUGACAUCAAUAACGCAACCCCAUCCCGAGUCCCCGGUGCCGAUACGUUCAGAAAUCAAAAGAUUUAGUUACAUUUCGUUUUAAAAGCUCUGACGAAGGCCAAGAGAACAAACACUUUUCAGUGAGAAAACAGAAAUCUAAGACUUCUGUUUUCAAAGACGUAGCCUACGAUGUAAUACUCGUGAUCAUUUCCCAAUUAAGUAGCCUAGUUGUUGUUUGGCUACUUGAAGAGAACUAGGGCCUAUGACUAGGGCAGACCACCUCUUCCAAUGCAUUGUGGGAAAGUGUGCGUCAAAUUCUACUAGAUGAAGAGCUGAAAUAAGUACAACAUCCUGGCAUUUAAAGCACUUGAUAAACAUUUUUCUUUGCAUACUGGGAAUGAGUCAUGUGUUAUUGCGUUGUUUCCCUGCCAUUCGUUGAUUUCAGUAGCACAUCCCUAUAUCUAAUUGAUCAGCUGAAGUGAGUGACAUUUAAAGUAUACACUUUUUUUGCGUACUCAAAUGUCCUAUGUGUAUUCGGACACGGCCAGUGUCAAAGGAUGUGACGUAUUCGUAUCAGUGUGUUGUCACCUUCUUCCCAUGAGUGCUCACCCUGUAUCCAUGUUCUACAGUGGGAGAGAAGAAGGCCAAGAAGAGGCCGUAUGAGGAGAUUCAACUGGACGACCAAGAUCUGGCCUCCCAGAGCUCCCCAGCAGAGCCCCCACAGGUACAGGCCAACCCAACACCUCACGGGGGGGUGACAUGGAGUGUGUGUGUUGGGGAGGGGGGCUGUGUAAUGGCUUGGUUCAUUCAACCGAUCAGAGGUUCUUUCUGUCGUUGCAUUUACCUCUUCGUAUCCCACUUAACAGUUUUCGUAUCCACAUGACUUUAAGCGGAGUUGCUUUGUUAGUUCCUUGUCUUCUUAGAAAGUAUGCCAAACAUCUAACUGCAAUAUGGGACUCUCUCCUCUGUCGCCAUCUGUCAUUUCUCCCUUCUCUUUUCCCUUAUUUCCUGCCUGUCCUCACUUUCCUUCACGUCUUUUUUCCCCACCUCUCCUCACUCUCCCCCUCCACUCUUCCCUCUUUUUCUACCUCUCCUCCCUCUCAGACGGCGGAGUUAAUCCGGGCCCUGCAGGAGCUGGAGAAUGCAGCCUCCGGGGACUCGGCGCUGCGCCAGCGGAUCUCCUCCCUGCCUGCUGAGGUGCAGGACCCGUCACUGCUGCACAGGAUCACAGGUGGGCCCUGGCAUACACUUCUAUCUCACACUAGCUACAGUCAGCCAUGCGGAAUGCUCCAGAGUGGUGCUGUUGGCAGGGGUGUGGGGGGGGCACAGUGGUCAGGAGGGUGGUUGGGCUCCAGAACGAGGCUUGGCCGUUGCAGUACUGCUGUGCUGACACCUGCAGGUGCCCCAGCUGUGUGUAGCCUAGUUUUUGAAGUGACGGGGAACGUGUUAGUGCUGUCUUCUGAAAAACCACGACAGACACCAUGCUACACUUUAAACAUUAGUCAGUUUAACAGUUAAACAUGCUGUAUAUUAGUUGGCCCUACAAUUAAGCAAAUCUUUCAAUCACAUAAGUCCCUUCUCAGUCAGCCACAACUGACAAAAGGCUGUUAAGUUGGGGAUGUAACGAUAGGCUCUUAUGUCCUCACCCAAUUGACCUAACAAUGCUCAUUACACACACACACACACUCUGUCAGUGCUUGAUAUAGUUUGUCAUCAUUGGAGACACCCACUUGUUGAAUGAGGUGUCGCAAUUAACCCAUUCAGCUUAAAUUAAUUAUUUCUCUCCCCCCUGUCCUCACUGUCUCAGAUAAAGAGCAGGGCGAGCGCCUGUCCAGGCUGGUCGAGGAGGCGUGCAUGCUGCUGGCGGACUACAGCGGCCGUUUGGCGGCAGAGGUUGACGACCGGCGGCAGCUCACGCGCACCCUCACCCUGUUUCUACACAGCCAGAGGGACGGCCUGGCCCAGAACGAGCAGAAACUAGAAGUGCGUAAAUAAUCAUCUCUCUUAUUAUUUCACUACACACCCUCUUCUGUCAUUCUCCAUCUUCAUUCUGUCUGUCUCACAUGUUCUGUUUUUGUAGCAUGCUUUUUCCUGUUUGUGUCCUGUAUCACCUCACCCUUUCAGGUGGUAUGCUUUGAAUGUCUCCAAUUGAAUCGAAUGGAGACUGCUCACAUUUUGCCACGAGCAACACUUCUGAAGUAUAAUAAUGUUCUGUCCCUUACCGAGUAAAUCGUUGAUGGGACAAAUUUGUUUUAUUUGGCCAUGUCCAAACUUGAGAUAUGCAUGCUUAACUGGAACUGUCAUGCAAAUUCUGCAUUGUCAGUGGGAGAUUUGCACAACAGUUUGAGUUAAUGUUUACCUCAAGUUAGGAUUCAAGUCACUAUGCCUCUCUCCACUUUCCAGUGGCUUCUUCCUCCCCCAGAAUGCUUUAGCAAAGAUGACAUCUCUCACUCCAUUACUUGCAAAACCACUACAAACUAUUUCCAUUGGUUUGUAAAACACGGUGGAGGAAAAAUGUAUGUUUUUUUCAAAUUGCUGAAUGCAUAACUGUCCAGCCUUUACCCACAGGAAGUCAGCAAGAUCAAGUCUUCUGGUCUAUGUAUCUGCAGUUCAACAAAUCUCUCUUGUAAUAAAGAAAAAAAAGAGAAUAAAAAAUUAAACUGAAUCUGAGUGCUGUUAUUUGCUGCUACUUGUGUGCAUACUGGUGGUGGUGGGUUGAAUGACUCCAGUCCUAUUUGAUUGACUUUAUUUUUUAGUUUCAUGGUAUUAAAUAAUAUGAAUGAAACACUAUCUUGUUAAACAUAACACUCAACUUCACCUGUUAUGUUAUUGCAAACACAUUACAUAUUUUUGUAAAACUAAACCUAGUUUUGAUAGUCAUUCAUGACCAGAUACUUUACAUUGGAAAUAGUUAUUGAGGUCAUAGCUUCAACAAAAUAAAAAAGUAGACCAGAGAAAUGGGAUUAAAUGCCGUUAAGAGUUGUACUCAAUGCAGACAGUUAUUACAGACAGGCUCACAUUACAUUUGUUCAUUUAUUUUAAAUGAAGUGCAUUCUGACUAGAGUUAUAAACUUAACCAAACACUCUUAAUAUUAUUAUUCUUACUCAUACGGGGUAGUGAAAAUGUCUGAAGGCAUUUUCAGCAGGUGUAUAUUAUGUUCAUUGAUCAAUUGUACUGGUCUGCAAAUAUGAUUUUGGUUUCCUCUCAAUUUGAAUUGUCAAGCCCCUAAACCAGGUGCGGGACACUGGUCCUGGAGGGCUGCAGUAUGUGCAGGCUUUUGUUGCAGCCCAGCACUAACACACCAAAUCACUAAUAAUAAUGGUCAUCCGUAAUAGACCACAAUUCAUCUAAUCGGGUGUUAGAACAGGGCUGGAAUAAAAAGCUGAACACUACAGCUCCCCAGUACUAGAGUUGCCCACCCUCUUUUUCUAAACACAUGCUUCCUAGUGUCAGGAUUAUUGGUUAUAUGGCUGUUUACACAGGCAGCCCAAUUCUGAUAUUCUUUUCCACUAAUUGGUCUUUUGACCAACCACGUCAGAUCUUGUCACAUCAGCUCUUUUUCAGAGCUGAUCUGAUUGGUCAAAAGACCAAUAAGUGAAAAAAAUAUCAGAAUUGGGCUGCCUGUGUGAAUAGCCCUUUUUGUGCCCUGGGUUCAGGGUGGUUUUACUCUCCUAUACUGAGGAUAGGGGUUACUAGUAUGUACCCAGUCGUGUAGGGGAGUCAUACACUUCAGUUAAGGGGUUGUUUGUCAAACUGGGCCUUGGUUACUUAGCAUAUCCUUGACUUGCCUAUAAGGUUGAAUUUCUCCACACUGUACUAUUAAUUUGACUGAUUUAAUGCUCAAUUUGAAUAGUUAGAUUAGUCAUACUGGCUUAAAAAUAGGAGAUAAGGAAACCUCUUGGUUUUUCUGUAGCAAAUACUGACUGGAUCAAACACUAGUUUCUGUCACUUGAAAUGUAAUGAAAGGAUUUCAUAGCUCACAACUUUAAUGACAGAAUGGCUAUAGUAAAGGUCUUUCAGAAAUAUUUCCCUUGCCAUCACUGUGAUCCUGAUGUGAGAGGUUGUAGGGUGAUGAUGGUUUUCAGUUCAAGAAACCAAUACUAACACACUCUAGUAAUAUAAAACUACGGACGAAAGAAUACACAGUACAUUUUUCACUCUACUCUUUCAUUUAAAAUGUUCUGUUUGUCACUUAUAAAAGUAAAUAGGACUUCACAAUGAAACCGAAAUGAUUGAAUGUCAUCAAUUUACUCGGAUGUGCCCAAGUUACUUUGUAAACCCUCCCUUUCCCUAACCAUUGUGCUAAAAGGUUUACCGUGAACGCCAAGAUGAUGUCUAACAAUUGAACAGCAUAUCCAACUCGAAGUAUAAUGUUGUACAAAACAUAUCACAUCACUCUUCAUACCUGCUCUUGUUUCAGGAGUACAAGCGCAAGCUGGCACGGGUGACCCAGGUACGGAAGGAGCUGCGUACUCGUCUCAGCAACCUACCGGACCUCUCUCUGCUCCCCAGUGUGACCGGUGGACAUUUGCACCUGCCCUCAUCUGGUGUCGAACUUUAUGACCCCACAGCCUGACAGUUCACCUGUGCUUCUCACCCCUGACUGACCAUCCACCCUCUGAUUGACACAUCUCUCGCCCUAUUUAACAUGUGGACUUCACUAAGUGGACAUCAAAGUCACUUAGUAACCUUUGAUUGACGCAUCUCCCAACCUAUCAUUGACCAUGUGCAUCUUGCCAUUGCGCCACUUACUGUUUGACUUAGGCUCUCUCCUAUCUUUCCCCAUGUAGUCAUGUUUAUCAUUCCUUCCCGAUUGACACUGUUCAUGCCUCUCUUACCAAUCAUCAUGUAACCCUCCUAUUUGCCAAUAAUCCCUCUUAUUCUUUUCACAAUAGAUCAUUUGUCUGAUAUAUAUAUAUAUAUAAUUGAUAUAUAAAUCCUAUGCUUUCACAUCUAUUGCUAUUUAAUGAAAGGCAUGACCCAUGUUUUCCAUACAUAAUGAACUCUCUUUCUUCCCCUCUUCUGUUCUUCCUCUGAAUACAUGUACUGGUUUAGUGAUUCCCUCUUGGCUUUCACCAACAGUCUUCCCAUG